UUUAAUGAGAAAAACAAAGAUGGGAAAACCAAAGUCAUGGAUGCCCUCUUUUCCAAACCCUAUUUUCCUCUCCGAAGACACCCCUUUCCUCGCCGUCCAGUCUCGCUUGACGCCACCGGCGACGUCAUCGCCGCCGCCGCAGUUGCGGAGCCCUUCUCGCCUGACGCCACCGGCGCAGCUUGAGUUUUAUUCCUCCCCCGACGUCGCCAGCCCCUUUCUUCGUCGUCCAGUCUCGCCUAACGCCACCGGCAACAUCGUCGUCGUCGCAGCGAAGCCCUUCUCGCCUGAUGCCACCGGCACACCGUCAUCGUAGUUAUAUUCUAAGAAAAAGAGCAUUUCUUGGAAAGAGAGUUUUAAAGCAGAGAGAAGAGAGCUUGGGGAGAAGAGGGAUGGGGAACUCGUUGGGGUGCUCGGCCUCCGGGGAGAGGCUGGUGUCGGCGGCGAGAGAUGGGGACCUGACUGAGGCCCGGAUGAUUCUCGAGUUCAACCCAAGCCUCACCAAGUACUCCACUUUCAGUGGCCUCAAUUCCCCUCUCCAUUUCGUUGUCGCGAAGGGCCAUUGCGAGAUCGUGACGCUAUUGCUUGAGAAUGGGGCUGAUGUGAAUUCCAGGAACUAUUGUGACCAGACUGCGUUGAUGCAAGCUUGCCGAAAUGGGCAUUGGGAGGUGGUUCAGACUCUGCUGCUCUACAGAAAGUAAUGAGAGCAGAUUAUCUGAGUGGUAGAACAGCUCUGCACUUUGCUGCAGUGGAAGGGCACAUUUGAUGCAUUCGGCUAUUGGUUGCAAAUUUCAUUCCUAGUGCGCCAUUUGACUCGGCUACGGAUGGCGACAAAGCUAUUGAAGUCUUUUGUUCCAUCGAAUGGAGAUGGAGACUAUGUGCUAUUAUCUAAUGUGUAUGUUUUCAUCCAUUUGAAGGAGGUGCUUGUUCAUGUAACGAUUAUUAGUAAUUAGUGUGCACUUUGAGAUUCAUAUUGAAUCAUUGCUGAUACAUGUAUUUCAAUUGCUUGACGGAAGUUGAGCAUGUAUAUCAGAAGCCAAGUUUUUGUAGCUGCAAGAUUGAAAUUCAGGAAUUCUGUAAUCUGUAUGGAACACUGAGAAUGUGCUUUGGUGUAAAACUGUUUUUAAUCAGGUUUUCA